AUUAUAUUGUCUAUCAUGCCUAAUCAUGAUUGCCAAACAAGGCUUAAGAGUACAAAAUCAUCAUUUUUGUUAAUCCUUGCAGCUAAAAGAAAAGUUGGAGAAACGUCGAUUAAUGAAAUCAGCUCGAGAUCCCACGAAAUUAUUACAUUGACUAUUGAAAGCUGUUCUCGUGACUUUUUUGGAAGGGACAAUGCGAGCACUCUUACAGCUGCUGUGAAUUUUGUCGAUUUGGCUGGAAGUGAAGGAGCAUCUUAAUCGUUAUCAGCAGGCACAAGGUUAAAAGAAGGCUGUCGUAUUAACCGAAUAGAAUAUUCUGUUUAUUUGUUAUAUGUUGAUUGGGAAGA